AUGGAGGAAUCUGUGAUUCUGCAGGCGAUGAGAUCCGGUAGGAUCAAGGAAACUCUAGAGUCCUAUGCUAUCCUUGUCAUCCAGGGUAAACAACGAGAGUCACACAUGGAAUUGUCAGGAUUGGAUCGUUGGCUGCCUUCGAAGCCUGGACAGGCGUUCCUGCUCGUGGCCCUCGCUGCCAAGCAAAGGCGACUGAGAAUGAGUUUCGUUAAGAUCAAGCCUUUCUAUGGAAGGCAGGAUAGAUCCGACGAUCCAGGUUUCCAUUCCGAAGAAAUCGAUUACGCUAUUAGAAAGGACGACCACUCCAAGGCCGACGAUAUCGAACGGGACAAGAUAGUUCCAUUCUGGCUGUAUCUCAAAGACAGCGCUGGGCGACGGUUCAACGCCCUUCCCAAGGCUACCAAAAAUCAUUGGCCCACUCUCCAUAACUCCAGAAUAGAAGCCAGUCCUCAUUCAACCAAAAUGGCCCACCUAACCCACGAAGUAAUCGUCCUCCUCAUAAUAAUCGGCUGCAUCGCCUUCGUCUUCAUCGGUUACGGCCUGUACGCCCUCGCAAACGGCCUCGAACAUGAAAGUGACGGAUACCGGAACCCGUCGAACGAGCAGGCGCAGUAUAUGCGGGAGGUUAGGGGGAGGAAUUUGGGGGUUUUGGCGUUUGAGUCGAGGAGGGUGAGGCAGGGGAGGGGGAAGGGUGGGGAUGGUGAUGAUGAUAUGGUGUAGAGGUUUUGGGUUUCGUGUAUUCGUGAACAGAGAUGUCGAGGUCAUGCCAUGCUGAUGGUGUUGAUCAGAUUCAAUGGAAGGAAAUACUCUCUUUCUUCCCACAUCCCGUUAGCGUUUGGUCGGUUUCUCGUGAAAUGCAGAAAAGGUCGAGUCUGAGGUAUGCUAUGGCUGUUCAGCUGAACAACAACAUUUUUGCGGAUCCGAUGUCCUUCAGAGACAGCAAACUGUUCAUCGCCAGAGAAGAGUUUGUCAUUUCCGAGAUCAUCUUCGAUGGUAACCAAAUCCUCCACAAAUGGAAGAUUAGCCAGUCUCUCCAGUGAUAUCUCCUUGAUCUCGUUCGAUGAGUAGUCGAAUGUCAUCGAACCCGUAAUCUCCACCAAAUCCGACACCCGCACCAUCAACCCCUCUACCCUCCCCUCCUCCAUCCGAAUAUACUCC